AUGGGCUCGGCAGAGCACAGCGACUACCAGGCGCUCACCGAGUGUGCGCACGGCUUCAUGGUGUCGCAGGUUCUCUUCGCUGCCUGCGAGCUGGGCGUGUUCGACGUGCUCGCCGCGGGGCCCCUGGACGCGGGCACAGUGGCCGUGCGGAUGGGGACCAGUGCGCACGGGACGGAGCUGCUGCUGGACGCCUGCGUGUGCCUGAGGCUGCUGCGCGCUGACACGAGCGCGGGGACAGCUCUGUACGCCAACACGGAGCUGGCCCGCCACUACCUGAGCAGCACCAGCCCCCAGUCCCAGCGCCACAUGCUGCUGUACCUGGGCGGGACCACCUACCGCUGCUGGGCACACCUGGCCACGGCCGUGAGAGAAGGCACGAAUCAGUACCUGAAGGCCUUCGGCGUUUGCUCCCGGGACCUCUUCGCAGCCAUCUACAGGUCUGAGGACGAGCUGCUGCGCUUCAUGCGAGGCCUGCAGGAGGUGUGGAGCGUCAGCGGGCGCGGCGUGCUGGCCGCCUUCGACCUGGCCCCCUUCCCGCGCAUCUGCGACCUCGGAGGAGGGUCUGGGGCGCUGGCGCGGGAGUGCGUCGCCCUCUAUCCGGCCGCGAAGGUCACCGUCUUCGACACCCCCGAAGUGGUGCGCACGGCCAGGAGGCACUUUCCCUUCCCAGAGGAGGGGCGGGUCGUCUUUCAGGAAGGGGACUUCUUCCAGGACCGCCUCCCGGAGGCCGACCUGUACAUCCUGGCCCGGGUCCUGCAUGACUGGACAGACGCGAGGUGCACGGAGCUGCUGGCCCGCAUCCACGGCGCCUGCAGGCCAGGUGGCGGCAUCCUCGUGGUGGAGAGCGCCCUGCAGGAGGACGGGCACGGGCCCUGCACCACGCUGCUGCUGUCCCUGAACAUGCUGCUGCAGGCCGAGGGCCGGGAGCGCACCCCGGGCCAGUACCAGGCGCUCAUGGCCGCCGCUGGCUUCGGGGACUUCCAGUUCAAGAAGACGGGUGGAGCCUACGACGCGAUGCUGGCGCGGAAGCCCCUGCCGCUGGGCCCUGGCGACGCAGGGAAAGCUCAGCAGGUGGAGUAG